CCAGCACCCGUGACGUCACACAGGUGAACUAGUAACUCAUAAAAUAAGCUGAAGUCUUCACUUUCGUAGCUUACUCCCUGUAGCCCGGUCGUGUGUAGAUUUGGUCGCGGAAAGGACUAAGAUUUCUUCUUGUUUGGGGGUCUCGCAGAACAUAGCAAAUCACAAUGUCUGAAGGAGAGAAAGACAAGAAGGCCAGAGCGGAACGGGCUACCUCUAAUGUGUUCACAAAACUGCCACAGAAACUAAUGCAAGAAAUGAAAGAGGCCUUCACCAUGAUUGACCAAAACAGAGAUGGUCUUAUAGAUGUAAGCGAUCUCAAAGAAAUGUAUUCAAGUUUAGGCACUGUCCCAUCGGAUACUGUACUUGACGGAAUGGUGAAGGAAGCACCCGGAAACCAACUAAAUUUCACUGCUUUCUUAAGUAUUUUUAGCGAAAAAUUGAGUGGCACUGACCCCGAAGAGACCUUGAGAAACGCAUUCGCUAUGUUUGAUGCUGACAACACUGGCCACAUCUCAGAAGACUACAUGAAGGACCUUUUGGAAAACAUGGGUGACAAUUUCUCCAAGGACGAGAUCCGACAGGUUUGGAAGGAGGCCCCGAUCCAUGGAGGAAAGGUCGACUAUCAGGCUUUCGUGUCAAAGAUCAAGGGCAAGGAGCAGGAAGAUUAAAGGAUUCGCGUGAGAGAGUGGGCAGCCAAACUACAUUGUAACCGGGUUACCACCCCUAUUGAAGGAUGUCUCAUUACCAGUGCACAACUUUCCCAUUCAGUUAUAGCAUCGACCAAUACGGGCUACACAGGGCUUCCACGUCUAAGUCAUGUGUCUUCAAGCGGGGUGGCGACUUACACUUUGUCAACAUGUUUCAUUCGUUUCACGUUUAAUAUUCGAUGUUAAUCGGGCCAGAGAUUGAUACCAUUCCAUAACUGCAUCUUCCUCAGAAUGCCCGACUGCAUUAUGUAUUAUACACGCUAAAAUCGAGUAUCGUAACAACACAUGCAUAAUUGCGUUAAUUAUUCUUAUGAUGAAAAACACGUUUAAGUCUUUCGCAUUUACCUGUUUGCUCUUCUUCAGUAUUGUUGUCUUAUCUGUUGGCCCGAUUAACACUGGAAACCCGAGACGCAUAUGCUGGAAUGCCAUUGCCGAAUAUAGAAAUGGCACUGGCUCCCCGCACACCUGUAUCGCUUGCUCUGUACGCAGCGGUACAGGUAUGCAGUGAGCCGGGAAUCAUUCACUCUGUGAUUUAGAGUAUUAGCAUUGGGUUUACUGACUCUAUGUAUUCCUGUUAAUAAGAAAAUAAAUGGUCAGUAAUUUACUUUUUUUUCCGCGUAGAUUCCACUUUAAUAAAAUGCUUAGGACACACAUGCGUUGAUUAUGAUACCAUGUGUUUACAUGAAUAUAUUAUUAUUAUUAUUUUACCUGUUUAUUACAUUUCGAGAACUAUUUGUAUUUAUUGAUAAUUUAUUAUUAUGAAUGAUGUAAUAUUUAUCUGUAACCUCUGUGUGUGCAAGUCUCUGUGUUGAUUGGCUGUAGACAAGUACUUGGUUCUACAACGGUGCGGAUACACGUUCGAUCUCUUCAAAGCGCUUAGCACAACGCUGACUCGAGUCCCGCAUUCCGUAAUGAACACCGCUGCGGAGAUAUUUAUCGUGUUAAUUGAUAAGUUCGUUUUAAAAUCAGUGUUGUGCUGGUGUCAGAUACGAUCGAUUGGAACAUGCCAGCUCCACAUGUUAAUUUUUCAUGGUGGUGGGACAUGGUGUCCUUGACGACGUAUAUCCCUUCCGGAUCCGUACUCCCAGAGUGGAUUGUUCCUAUGUAUAUUUAUUUAAUAAAACCUCUGUGCACAGCAA